AUGGGACGCGACGAAUCGCAAGCCCAAAAAAUUCCCGUGCUCUCGCGGGAUCCUGAAGUGAAAGAGGAUGAUAAGCCACAGCAUUCGAAGGAGCUGCGCCCAUCAGAGAGUAAAGUCAACGACGAGCUGAGUGAAGAAGAUCAACAGCUCAAGACCGAGCUGGAGAUGCUCGUCGAGAGACUCUCAGAGGACAAUACACAAAUGCACCGACCGGCGCUCGAGGCACUUCGUAACUUGAUUCGCUCAAGCACAACGUCCAUGACGUCUGUACCCAAACCGCUCAAGUUCCUGCGUCCACACUAUGACCAGCUCAAGUCAGUCUACGAAAAGUGGAUGACAGCCAACAACGAAAAAGUGCUAUUUGCCGAGAUCUUAAGUGUGUUGGCCAUGACAUACUCAAAUAAUGGAAAGCAUGAAACGCUCAUGUUCCGUCUGCGUGCUGAUGACAUGCGUUCGUCGCCAACGACGGCCGAAAACCUGGGCGAUUGGGGCCAUGAAUACGUUCGGCAAUUGUGCUCCGAGGUGGGCGAAGAGUAUAACACGCGCCUAGAAAAAGAACAAGAUACAUCAGAGCUUCUACGCUUGGCAUUGCUGGUGGUGGAAUUCAGUCUGAAACAUCAUGCUGAGAUUGACGCUGUGGAUCUGUUACUGGAGAUCGAGGCCGUGGAUCAGUUGCCGCAAUAUGUUGACAAAGACACAUUCGAGCGAGUCUGCUUGUACUUGGUGAGCUGCGUCAAUUUGCUUGUUCCUCCAGACGAUAUCAUGUUCUUGCGCACAGCGCGUACGAUCUACCGCAAUCACCAGCGCUACUAUGAAGCUUUGGUGAUCAGCGUGCGUUUGAUGGAUGCUGAUCUAAUUCGGGAAGAUUUCUGGUCCCCGAAGAACCCGACUAUGCAGAAGCAAAUGGCCUUUUUGUUGGCGCGUCAGCAAAUUCCCUUGGAGUGGAUUCAGAACGAGUCGGAGCCUAUCACGGAUCAAGCACUGCUGGACUGCUUGUUUCAUACCAACCUUUCAUCUCACUUCAUCAAUUUUGCCAAAGAACUUUCAGUGUAUGAACCCAAGACGCCAGAAGACGUGUGCAAGACAGAAUUGGAAACGUCGCGCCCGGCGGGUGCUGACUCCGCACGUGCAAAUCUUGCCAAUGCUUUCGUGAAUGCGUUCGUGAAUGCUGGGUUUGGAAAUGAUCCGCUUGUGGUUGGAGCCGAAGAGGGCGAUAGCUAUGUGUACAAGACGAAGGACCACGGCAAGCUCUCCGCAGCAGCUAGUGCCGGUCUGAGUCUCAUGUGGGACACAGAGCUGGGCCUAAGCCACAUUGACAAAUUUACUUACUCUUCUAACGAAUUUGUUAAGGCGGGUGCGUUGCUUGCCUACGGUAUCCUACACAAUGGCGUGCGUACAGAAAUGGACGCGCCGCUCGCGCUUCUCUCUGAACAUGUGGAAAGCAAGAGUGCGCCCUUACAGCAUUCUUCGGUUGUAGGAUUGGGUCUGGCCUAUGCCGGCGCGCAUCGCGAGGAAGUAAUGGCACUGCUUCUGCCAUACGUGCAGGAUGAGUCAACUUCGAUGAGCACAGCAGCACUGUGUGCAUUGGCCCUUGGAUUUGUAUUUAUCGGAUCAGCGCACGACGAAAUCGUGCCUAGUAUUCUGCAAACCAUGAUGGAGCGUGAUCCUUCGCAGCUGGAUGACAAGUGGAUGCGUUUCAUGUCACUCGGUUUGGCGCUCCUGUUCCUUGGUAAACAAGAUGCAUCUGAUGCGACGAUUGAAGCGCUCAAAGCCAUUGACCACCCAGUGUCUCGUGAGACACAAAUUCUCGUGGAUGCAUGCAGUUAUGCAGGCACAGGAAAUGUGCUCAAGAUUCAGACACUUUUGCACUAUUGUGCUGAGCAUGUGACGAACGAGGCCAAGAAAGAAGGUGAUGACUCACAAAUGGCCGAAGAUGCUACAGAGGAGUCGCGUGAUUUGUACCAGGCAUUUUCUGUGCUUGCUAUUGCGCUUGUGGCAAUGGGCGAAGACGUCGGUGCUGAAAUGACACUAAGGCACAUGUCCCAUCUCAUGCACUACGGUGACCCAGUAAUUCGCCGGACAGUUCCAUUAGCCCUCGCCCUUUUGAACCCAUCGAACCCGGUGAUAUCUGUGCUGGAUACGCUGAGCAAGUACUCUCACGACAGUGACCUCGACGUGGCUGUGCUGUCCAUCUUCUCCAUGGGUCUCGUGGGUGCUGGUACGAACAAUGCUCGACUUGCACAGCGUCUCCGUCAGCUGGCGAGUUACUAUGCCAAGGAGCCGGACUGCUUGUUCGCUGUUCGUGUCGCCCAAGGUCUUGUGCACAUGGGUAAAGGCACACUGGGCAUUGAUCCGUACCACACAGACCGCCAACUGUUUAGUUACACGGCCGUUGCGGGCCUGCUGUCCACACUGAUAAGUCUCACAGAUGUGCGGAACUUUGUGCUCGACCGCUCGCAUUGGAUGCUGUUCUUCUUGACGGCUGCGAUGCGACCACGCUUCCUGAUUACCUUGGAUGAGUCACUGGAACCUUUGCCUGUAUCUGUGCGUGUGGGUAAGGCUGUUGAUGUGGUGGGUCAGGCGGGUAAACCUCGCACCAUUUCUGGCUUCCAAACGCAUACAACGCCUGUGCGGCUUGGAUCACACGAACGUGGUGUUCUGGGAACGGAAGAAUACCUUUCUUACACGCCGAUCAUGGAACACUUUGUCAUACUGCACAAGAACCCGGGCAGUUCGUCGGAUGAUGCGACAAACAUGUAG